AUGCUGCUGAGAUCGAGUGCGAACUCGGCUCGGCGGUCCGCCACGCAUGCUGAUGCAAGCGAAGCAGGUCCAUCGAGACCAUCGCGCGCCUCUUCGUUCAGGGCCAACGCAUCGCAGCCCGAGGUAUCUUCUCCGCGUCCUUUUGCGAUACUCAAGUCCAACAUCAAGCCGCCAUCAUGGCAGCCUGCUCACUCUCCAAGAAUAUUGAGACCAGCACGCCCAAAUACGCGUACUCCUGCUCCAUCCUCCCAUUCCCAAACACACUCACCAGCCCGACCCUCGCCGAGCGCCACCACACGCUAUAGGAUGGGACCGGCGAGCGUAAAGGCAUCUCGAAGGGCAGAGGAGAGGUCGGUGCGACCCAAGCUGCCACCCCAGCACAUCGUCAUCAGCGACUCGUCUGAUGUGGAAGAGGCCGCAGCGCGGGCGGGAAGAGGGUCAAGCAGCGCAAGCGAGAGCGAAGAUGGGUUCGAAGUGAUAGUACGAUCCAGAAGCACAGCUUCGCUGCUCAGCAAUCAUUCUCUUCGGAGGGGCAAAGCUCGGGCACUCGAGCUUCCGCUCGAGGUGUCGGAUAGCGGAGAGGAGACCGAUCGCACUGUCGACGCUCAGGACGAGGAUCGGGCAAAACGAGGCGUUUCUGCGGACGAUGCGGAUAGUUGGGAGCCAGAGACGCCCACUCCACCUCCUUCGAUAGCCUCGCGUACAGGUAGAGGAUCGGGAUCCUCAUCACGUAGCGAGUCUGUGGAUCACGCCGACGAACGAGCUUCGAGCCACGCCUCUGGCAGCCAAAGACGCUUGUCGCCUAUGAGCUCUCAUCCCUUUUUGGACGGCGGGGUUGGAUCUCGUAGCUCUGCAGGCUCAGGGCGCUCCGAAUGCGAUGCCAGCAUGAAUACACUGGAAAGGUCGUCUCUAGCAGGCGGUCUGCCCAGCGCUCAUCACGAAUCUCUAGCAAUGUCGCUCGAGCCUCAAGAGGAGAAAGGCCGCCAUGCGAAGGAGCAAGAAGCUGCGAUCCUUGAAGCAAAUGCUGAAGCAUCUCGGAUAGCCGCUGAGCGAGAAGUGGAAGAUCUAGCUGCGGCGGCAAGAGCGGAGGAAGAGCGACUUGCAGCAGCGGCCGAAGCAGCGCGAAGAGGCGCAGAAGCGGAAGCGGCCAGACGCGCUGCGGAAGAAGAGGCUCAGCGCAAGGCGGAGGAGGAAGAGCGACUCGCAGCAGAGGCCGAAGCAGCGCGAAGAGACGCAGAAGCGGAAGCGGCCAGACGCGCUGCGGAAGAAGAGGCUCAGCGCAAGGCGGAGGAGGAAGAGCGAGCGAUGCUUGAGAACUUGCAGAUGCUGCUACAAUCCAACGAUAAUGACGACGAUUCUGCGGCUGGCACUGACGACGAAUCCUACGAAGCACGGCGCCUGCGCAAGCUGAAAGCUAAUGAGGAAAUCUUGGCCCAACUAGGCCUCGGUGGUGGUGGCUCCAAAGGGCUCAUAGAAGGUCAAGAGAGAUCCUUUCUGGCCGAAUCUGAAUCUGCGGCGCCUGAGGGAGAGGAUUUUGACGAAGCUGCUGGUGAUGUGUCAAUGUCAGAAGCAAUAGAAAGGCGAGGUAGAGGCCGGCCAGCCAAAGCAUUACGAGCGCCUCGACAAGGCUCAACAUGGGCCAAUCACGCCGCGAAACGGACACUGAAGCUUGCAGAGGAUGGUACGACGACGUCUUUGCCCCUCAAAGGAACAUCGCACGAAGUCGCUUACGUCGAUCUUCCGGCUUUGCGCAGCAGGCAAAGGCUGGGCUUUUUGUUCUGCAUCGACGAUGUGCGGGUGCGCGCCCCUACGCCAGAGCUCAUUAGCGAAAGCGAGCCUAGCGAAGAGUCCGAAGCGGAGGAACUCAUCGAGGAAGCUCUACCAGAGGCUAGCGAGACUCCGGCGAAGAGAGGACGCGGUAGACCACCAAAGGAUAAAUCCGCGCAGCCUCAAAAGCCUGCGAAGCCAGAAAAGAAUGUCAAGCUUAAGAGGCCAGUCAAUGUCGCGGGUACCUCGGGCGGCUCGCUUGAUACGUCUGAAUGGACCAGCUGCCACCAGUGCCGCCGCAAGAUCCGAUAUGGCGUGGAUCAGGUAUCCUUAAAGGCGGCGGACGAGUUUGUCUGUCCUCGAUGCAAGGGGUUCUGCAACUGCAGCCUCUGCUUGCGAAAGCGCGGCCUGGAGGAUCUGCUUGCUCAGCAGAGUGGCGGGCGUGCCGUGUCUCUCUCAACUAUGAUAGGCCACCACGCCAGCGUGCAUCACUUCCUGGUCGCCCUCAUUGGCAGAGAAUUGUUUGGACCUCCGGGACUUGCAAGAAACCAAGGCAUGAAGGGCCCAAAAGCUGCGAUCGCCGCGAGAGUGGCACGUGCAGCUCGAGAUGCAAAGGCUCUCUCUGCCAAAGCUAUAGACCCCGCUGCACCUCCUGCCAAGCAUUCGCCAGAGAGCCAAGGAGGCAGACAAGAUCUCAAACGCGCGACGCUAACGUAUGGCAAGCGAGACGCGGCAACUACUCCCGAUGCCAAGGGGAAUCGCACGAUACCUGCAGGAAAUGUACUGCUCACGGGAAGGAAGAGAAGACGCGCUGAAGGGUCACGAAAUAUAGCCAAACAAGCGGCUGACCUCUUUGCGGAAGUCGAUCAUGACGGCAAACGCGUUGCCAUACACCAUUUCAAGUCGCCCGAGGGCAAAUGGAGGCAAUUGUACAUUCGCCUGCUACCCUUGGAAGCGCAUCUUCAAGCUCUACUUCAAGCGGAGGAAGAGACGGUUAACCAGGGAGAAUUUGAGAGCUCAGAUGAGGACGAUCCUGCAGAAGAUGCGGCCGCUGAGCCACAGCAGCAAGGAUCAGACACGUUGAGCAAGACAAAGCACGGCGAAAGCUCAAUCGAAACAACUUCGGCUUUGAUAGCUUCAAGAGCAAAGGCUAAGGCCCAGCCUCGAGUGAAGCCUGUCGAGGAGCGCAACGUUUGGGUCAAAGGCGCUGCAGAUGUGUCCGACGCAGAGAGCGACCUCUCGGACGUCACCUCAAGGAAUGAGGCACCGGCACUUUCGACAGAAGCAACCGCUAAAAAACGCAAGCGGUCUGCAAUCGAGGAUGAGGAUUCGGACCUGUCCUCGGUUCCUUCCGAGCCCAAUCAGACGCGGACUUCGCCUCAACAGUCGACGCUCCAAUUCAAGGUGGCAAUGGCGAAAGCGCCAUCUCAACCUGUCCUCGCCGCGGAUGUGCCCCGGUUCCUGCCCUCAACAGAAAGCGUCGCAUCACCCUCAAUAUUCAAUUCAGCAACGGGACGCCACGAGCGCUUCAUGCCGCAUCCCCCUGCCAUGCAUUGCAGACCGCCAGCGCUCGAUGGAUCCUCGUUCCAUGACCCGCUUCUGGGCAAUGCAGUAUCCACCUUCGCCAAUGAGCUUCCACCCCCUCACGUGAUGCAAACCGGUCACCAAAUUGGUCAGAUCGCGCCAAGCUACACGGAUGGACCGCCCCCGUAUCUGGGCUAUGCAGAGCAACUGUCGUCUUUCUACCCGAGAUCAUUCAGUCGACCUCCGAUGCCGCCCUCUAGGCGAUCAAACGACUUGCCGCUACCACUUCCACCCUUGCCUCCAGUUCCGCCUGGUUCCUUACCGUAUGAGCUUCAUCCCACGCCACACGCUUCGUCACCUGCCUUUUCAUCAUCUGUACUACCUGCCUUCUCAGCUCCGGCUCACUCGCAUUCUGCGAUGCAACAACAACCAUCACCUUUCCAACAGCACCGGCAAAUGCGCAACGAAGAGACGCUCAGCCCAGCCAGCUUCUUCCCACCGCCACCUCCACUUGCGAAUUCAGAGCCAUCUCACCCAUCGAGCUCUAGCAGCAACGGCUGGUUUCCACGCACCACGCGCUCUCGAGGCUUGUAG